UGAAGUCAGUAUAUAUUUCACAUUCCCCGUUCUCUCUCUGCGCUCUCUAUUUAUCUCUCUUCGACCGAAGAUUCAACCGGAAAAUCUCAAAUUCUCGCCGGAAAACUACCACUAUGCCUUCAACCAUAAUGAAACGACUCAAGAGACCGCCGGAAUACUGACAAUCUCGCCGGAAAAUGGGACUGAUUUCCGGAAUCAGUCAAAAUAUGAAGCCCUAGGUGUCUCUUUCAAAACCCAACUCUUGUUUGAAACAGAAGGUUUCGAUAAUCACAGCCAAAUUUCGAAACCCUAGGUAUUACAGUGUCUCUCACCUAUUGAGUUGUUGAUAUACAUGGGGUAUGAAUCUGCUAGCACCUCCCAGGAUGGUCGAGAUGAAGUGAUAUUUAACUUGCCAGAUGAUGAGGAUGAGUAUGAGGAGGCUAGCGGGGGUAACCGUCUUUUGGGAUUCAUGUUUGGGAAUGUUGAUGGCUCUGGUGAUCUUGAUGUCGAUUACCUUGAUGAGGAUGCGAAGGAACAUCUUGCUGCGUUGGCUGACAAGCUUGGGCCAUCCCUGACAGAUAUAGAUUUGUCAGGGAAAUCACCACACCCCCCUGCUGACGCUGCUGAACAAGAUUAUGAUGAGAAGGCCGAAGAUGCUGUUGAUUAUGAAGACAUUGAUGAACAGUAUGAGGGACCAGAGAUUCAUGCUACUUCUGAAGAGGACUAUUUGUUGCCCAAAAAGGACUAUUUUUCUACAGAAGUUUCAGUGGCUACUUUGGAGCAAAAAACUUCUGUGUUUGAUGAUGAAAAUUACGAUGAUGAGGAAGAAGAAUUUGAGAAAGAACCUGAGUUGGUGGAUACCAACACUGAAGUUCAAAAUAUUCCCUCAUCAGGUGAGCCAGGUGAUACUCUCACAACACUUUCUGAAGGUGAGAAAUAUCCUGUGGAUGAUCUAGAGACUGGCUCUUUUGAAACAGAAAAGUUGCCAGUUGAUUUGUCAGAUCAGGAGGAGGAACCUGAAGAUCUAGAGGAGCUGUUUGAUGAUAAAAGUUCUACGCCACUACCUAUUUUAUGUGUAGAAGAUGGGACAGUCAUCUUACGCUUCUCUGAAAUUUUUGGUAAUUAUAAACCACGGGAGAAAGAGAAGAAGGACAGGAAGUAUACAAUUCCUAAAGAGAAAUAUGAGUCGUUGGAUACUUCUCAUAUUGUUGAAGAGGAUGAAGAGGGAUUCCUAAAGGGCACUUGCCAAGGUGUUUCUUUUACGAAGCAUGCACAUGCUGUUCAAGACAAUAUUUUGGGAACAAUGGAUGAUGAAUUUGAAUCAGCAAAAUUUGGGUUUAUUCAAGGGACUCCCAUGAUGGCUUCUCAAGUUGAUGAGCAAAGGCUGGACUCUUAUCUUAGUGCUGAACCAAUGAAAGAGGAUACAACAUUAGAUCUGUCUGCUGAAUGGAGCUCAACUUUGUCCCCUAAAUUUUAUCCUCUUGAUCAACAAGAUUGGGAAGAAAAAAUCAUUUGGGACAAUUCUCCUGCACAGAGUUACAACGCUGCAGGGAGUUGUGAGACCUCUGGAUCUGACUCUGAAGAUUUGUUUGGCAUACAAACAGAACUGGAAUCUAGACCACAUAAUACUCAGCCAGAACUGCAGAUGGAAUCUGAUGAGAGAGAUUGUGGUUUUUUUCUGCAUAGCUGCCCUGUUUCAGUGGAGCCCUUUGGCUCAAAUGAAAUUUUGGGUCUGACAAACCAAUCCUACUCAGAAAGCAGAUGUCAUCCCCAACUUUUGAGGUUGGAGUCGCGGUUAGAACAUCCAAACAAUUCAGAUGGUAGAAAGGGUGAUAUCACUGAAGAGAUCCACCACAGUGAUGCCAUAAAGCGUUUUAGCAAACUCACAUUGCAAAACAGAGACAUAGUGGAAGGAUCGUGGUUGGACAGAAUAAUUUGGGAGCCACACCAAUCAAUUGCAAAACCAAAGCUAAUCCUUGAUCUUCAAGAUGAACAGAUGCUGUUUGAAAUUUUAGAUAACAAGGAUGGUAAACACCUUCGGCUUCAUGCUGGGGCUAUGUUCAUAACUCGUUCUGUGAAGUCCAGUGGUGGGGAUUCUUUGGAGCUUCAUGGCCAUGGAGGUCCAUCUGGUGCCCGAUUCAACAUUGCUAAUGACAAAUUCUAUUCAAGCAGAAAAAUUUCUCAGCAACUGAAAUCACACUCUAAAAAGCGUGCUGCUCAUGGUGUCAAAGUCUUGCAUUCAAUACCUGCACUCAAGCUGCAGACAACGAAACCAAAGUUAAGCAAUAAAGAUAUUGCGAACUUUCAUCGGCCAAAAGCUUUAUGGUACCCACAUGAUAAUGAGGUGGUACUUAAAGAACAAGGGAAGCUACCUACUCAAGGGCCUAUGAAAAUUAUAUUGAAGAGCUUGGGGGGUAAAGGAAGUAAACUUCAUGUGGAUGCCGAGGAGACCAUUUCUUCUGUCAAAGCAAAAGCUUCAAAAAAGCUAGAUUUUAAACCGUUGGAACCACUGAAAAUAUUUUAUUCUGGACGAGAGCUUGAAGUUCAUAAAUCCCUUGCUGCACAAAAUGUUCGACCAAACUCCUUGCUUCAUCUUGUUCGUGCAAAAAUAAAUUUGUUGCCAAGAGCACAAAAGGUUCCUGGUGAGAAUAAGUCUUUGCGACCCCCUGGGGCAUUUAAGAAGAAAUCUGAUCUUUCUGUGAGAGAUGGCCAUGUCUUCCUGAUGGAGUACUGCGAAGAAAGGCCUCUACUUCUUGGGAAUGCUGGUAUGGGUGCUAGACUAUGCACUUAUUAUCAGAAAUCUACCCCAGGCGAUCAAACUGGGAACUUGUUGCGUAAUGGAAACAACAGUUUGGGGAGUGUCCUCAUACUUGAUCCAGCUGAUAAAUCUCCUUUCCUUGGAGAUAUAAAAGCUGGCUGCAGCCAAUCAUGUCUUGAAACUAACAUGUAUAGGGCUCCUAUAUUUCCUCAUAAGGUGUCAUCAACUGACUAUUUGUUGGUUCGUUCUACAAAGGGAAAGCUUUCAAUAAGACGGAUUGACAGGCUUGAUGUUGUUGGACAACAGGAGCCUCACAUGGAAGUAAUGGCUCCAGGGACAAAAGGUGUCCAGACAUACAUUAUGAAUAGGCUUUUGGUCUAUAUGUAUCGUGAGUUUCGCGCCAUUGACAAGCGUGACUCACUUCCAAGCAUCCGUGCAGAUGAGUUAUCUGCACAGUUUCCUACCUUGUCUGAACCUUUCCUUCGGAAAAGGUUGAAGCAUUGUGCUGAUUUGCAGAGAGGAUCAAGUGGACAGCUGUAUUGGAUCAUGAGACGUAAUUUCCGCAUUCCAUUGGAGGAGGAACUGAGAAGGAUGGUGACGCCAGAGAAUGUCUGUGCCUAUGAAAGCAUGCUAGCUGGACUGUACAAGCUCAAACGGUUAGGAAUUACAAGGCUGACUAAUUCCAAUGGCCUCUCGUCUGCAAUGAAUCAACUCCCUGAUGAAGCUAUUGCUUUAGCUGCUGCAUCACACAUCGAGAGGGAACUGCAAAUAACUCCAUGGAGCUUGAGUAGUAACUUUGUUGCCUGUACUAGUCAGGACAGAGAAAAUAUUGAGCGUUUGGAAAUUACUGGUGUUGGUGAUCCAUCUGGAAGGGGUCUAGGUUUUAGCUAUGUCCGCACUGCUCCGAAGGCUCCAAUAUCAAAUGCAAUGGUGAAGAAAAAGCAAGCUGUUAGUCGGGGAGGUUCAACUGUAACUGGAACAGAUGCUGAUCUACGUAGAUUGAGCAUGGAAGCUGCACGAGAGGUUCUCCUAAAGUUUAAUGUACCAGAGGAACAAAUUGCGAAACAAACUAGGUGGCAUCGAAUUGCUAUGAUUCGCAAGCUUUCAAGUGAGCAAGCUGCAUCUGGUGUCAAGGUUGAUCCAACAACAAUCAGCAAGUAUGCACGUGGCCAGCGUAUGUCCUUUCUGCAGCUUCAGCAACAAACAAGAGAGAAGUGUCAGGAAAUUUGGGAUCGACAAGUUCAAAGUCUUUCUACUGUUGACGGUGAUGAUUUUGAGAGUGACUCAGAAGCAAAUAGUGACCUGGAUUCAUUUGCUGGGGACCUAGAAAAUUUGCUGGACGCAGAAGAAUGCGAAGAAGGGGAAGAGGGUAACUAUGAAUCCAAGCAUGACAAAGUUGAUGGUGUAAGGGGACUUAAAAUGAGAAGGCGCCCAUUGCAAGCUCAGGCAGAAGAAGAAAUUGAAGAUGAGGCAGCUGAAGCAGCAGAACUGUGCAGAAUGCUUAUGGAUGAUGAGGAGGCUGAGCGCAAGAAGAAGAAAAAGACAAGGGCUGCAGGGGAGGAAACAGGCUCACUUUUAGGUUUUGGUAUUGGAAAUGCAGAACGAGCCAAGAAAGCUAGUACAAUGGUCAACAAAAUUGCUAUUGGUUCCCAACCUAAUGAAUUCUAUACAUCAAAAGAAAAUAUCAUUCGAGGCCCAAAGAAGGAGGAAAAGCUUCUUGUUAAGAAGAACUUUGCUGGAAAGGUAAAAGCUACGAAGAAGAAUGACAUUGAACACAUUGGUUUACUUAACAAGAAAGUUAAAAUACUGGGAGAUGGGAUUAAGAUUGUGAAGGAAAAGAAAUCCGCAAGAGAGAGUUUUGUCUGUGGAGCUUGUGGACAGCUUGGGCACAUGAGGACCAACAAGAAUUGCCCCAAGUACGGAGAAGAUAUAGAAACACAAGUUGAAGGUACAGAUCUGGAAAAGGCAUCCGUGAGAUCUAACUUUUCGGAUCGUGUGGGUCAACCUCAGCAGAAAACUCUGAUCAAGAAGCUUGUAUCAAAAAGUGCAACAAAAAUGGCUCUCGUGGAAGCUCCUCCUGAGUAUGAUAAGUCUAGUACAAAGGCAAAAGUCUUAAAGGUCAAAUGCGGGUCCACUGACAAACUUCCCGAUAAACCCACUCCGGCAGCCUCGCAAAGUUCUGACAGAAUGGUAACGUCAGAUGCAGAAGCUGGGAAUAAACCUGCUGUUAAGGUUAAUAAAAUAAUAUUCUCCAACAAGAUGAAAUCUGAAGAUGUCCCGGUUGAAUAUCACAAACCCUCCAUUGUGAUAAAGCCUCCAGUGGAGACUGAGAGAGACCAGCCUCGUAAGAAGAUCAUUAUCAAACGACCAAAGGAGAUCAUUAAUCUGGACCAGGGCAAUAAGGAUGGUAGUGCUGGUCUUGAGUUCAGGAAGAUGAAGAAAAUUAUUGAAUUAUCCUCUUUUGAGAAGCAUAGCGAUUAUGAGAGCAAACGUUUAGCUGGAGAGGCAGCUAGGAGAAAAAUUAGAGAGGAUAAACGAUGGUGGGAAGAGGAAGAGAAGAGGAGAAUUGCAGAGAGAGAAAGAGAAGAGAGGGCCAGGAGACUCUAUGAACAAAGGAGGGUACUGGAAGAGCAAGAAAGGUUAUCUGAGAUCAGAAGAUAUGAAGAAUCCAUAAGAAGAGAGAGGGAGGAAGAAGAACGUCAGAAGGCGAAGAAAAAAAAGAAGAAACGGCCUGAGACAAGAGAUGAUUAUUUAGUAGUAGAUGAGCUCCGGCCAAGAAGAAAUGAUAGAAGGCUACCAGAGAGAGACCGAACUUCAAAGAGGCGGCCAGUAGUUGAAUUGGGAAGGUAUGGUGCAGAGUAUGCUCCGGCUACAAAGCGCCGUAAGGGAGGAGAGGUUGGUUUGGCCAACAUUUUAGAGAGCAUUGUGGAAACCCUCAAGGACAGGUACGAGGUGUCCUACCUCUUCUUAAAACCCGUGUCUAAGAAAGAAGCACCCGACUACUUGGACAUCAUAAAACACCCCAUGGAUCUGUCGACAAUAAAGGAGAAGGUGAGGAGGUUGGAGUACAAGAGCAGAGAGGAGUUCAGGCACGAUGUUUGGCAAAUCACCUACAACGCUCAUAAAUACAACGAUGGUCGCAACCCAGGUAUUCCUCCCCUUGCAGAUCAGCUUCUAGAGCUAUGUGACUACUUGUUAAGUGAGAAUGAUAAUGGCUUGACUGAAGCUGAAGCCGGUAUUGAAUAUAGGGAAGCUUAGGGAGACAAUGUUGUUAAAUUAAUUUUAUUUUUUGAAAUUUUCCUCAGUACCAAUAGCCCUGGUUCACUGGAGU